GGGAACUGUGUCGUGCAUGUUGCGCUGUGCCAUCCAUCUGAGUCGGGGAGGAUGUCUGUCUUCUGUGGUUCCUCCACGACAUCCACGAGCACCCCGUCUUCGCCGCUGCAACGCGACUAGCAGCACCACAGAGAAACCGUUCUACAUCACCACACCCAUAUUCUACCCAAAUGCUCGUCCGCACAUCGGCCAUCUGUACUCUCUCGUCACCGCGGACAUCAUAGCACGGUACCAGCGUAUUCUAAACCCCACUCGACCAGUCGUCUUCUUGACUGGAACGGACGAACACGGUCUCAAAAUGCAGCAGACAGCUCUAGCCAAGGGUGUGGACCCACUCGAGUGGUGCGAUACCAUUUCCUCAGAUUUCCAUAAAUUAGCAGAAAGGGCGGAUGUCAGCGGUACGGUCUUCAUGCGUACGACUCGGGAAUCCCAUAAGCAGGCGGUCAGGCAUGUGUGGCGUUCGCUCGUCGCUCGAGGCCUCAUAUACAAAGAUACCUAUGAGGGAUAUUAUUCCACGACCGAUGAAUGCUUCUAUCCCCCUUCUCGUAUCUCCCCACACCCUACCCUUCCGGAUACCAUGACCGCGACGGAGACAGGUUCAGUCGUCGAAUGGUCCCGCGAGGUCAACUACAAGUUCCGCAUGUCCAUGUUCCGUGAUGCGUUGCUCACUCACUACAGCCACGCUGCUGCUUCAAACGCGCAGGCGGAGGACGGGUUAACCGUGCGGGGCGUUCAUCCCGACAGCCACCAGCUCCGCAUCAUCCGAGAUUUAGAGACGGAACCUCUCGAAGAUCUGUCGAUAUCUCGGCCCCGCGAGAGGAUUGGGUGGGGCAUUGGUGUUCCGGAUGAUCCGACGCAGACGGUGUAUGUGUGGUUCGACGCGUUGUUGGUGUACCUCAGUGGGAUCGGAUAUCCGGAUACAGGGUAUGCAUGGCCUCCAGACAUACAGGUGAUCGGCAAGGAUAUUGUCCGGUUUCACGCUAUUUACCUGCCCGCUAUCCUUCUGGCGCUGAAGCUCCCCCUGCCGACCACGCUUCUCGCGCAUGCCCAUUGGACCGCAAACCAGAAAAAGAUGUCUAAAUCUCUCGGGAACGUGACAGAUCCCAUGCAAGCCAUGGACGAUUAUGGUGUAGAUGCUGUGCGUUUCUAUCUCGCUCGCGUCGGGGGUCGGUUUAGGGAUGACGUCGACUGGUCUGAAGAACAGCUUCGCAAGCAUGCGGACGAAAUUCGGAAUUUGCUGGGGAAUUAUUUUCUGCGGAUGACGUCGAGAGUAAUCAAGAAACGUGUUAGAGACGCCGUUUCUGUUGCCCAAGACAAGUCCUUCCGCGGACUAUUAUCACAGCAACUCGCGAAUGUCGAUUUAUCGAAAACCUUCGAUAUUUCGGCAUAUGCAGAGUUGGACGCGCCUCGCACAGUGUCGGAUUGCAUGAAGAAUUUGGAAAUGGCGGAAGGGCCUCCAUGCAAUAGUACAAGUUCUUCGAUACGUGAGAAUAUCCACCUCGUUCUGGCAAACACCCUCCUUACGAACCUCGCGCCCUGGUCCGAGGGCCAGUCAGUAGCGAUCGCUCUAUCCUCGUACCUCACUGCGCUUGAAACACUCCGUAUCGUCGGAAUCCUGCUUCAGCCAUUCUUACCUUGUACGGCUGCGAAGCUUCUUUGUGCGUUGGGUGUGCCCGAGGUGGAGAGGAGCAUGACAUUCGCGCGUGUCGGGAGGGGUUCUAUAGGCGGGGAGGAUGUUUUGGGUGUCAAGGGCGUCAAGUUAUUUAGCAUUAGCAAAUGAAAUUACAUAAUAAUGUCCUGCA